CCUGUUUGAGAAUUUAGUGAUUACGAUUAGUCUAAGCCAAAAUUUAAUUUUAGUAACCCAAUUUCAAAUAUUAUAACUUAUAAUAUUAUUUAUUUUUUGUAGUUUUGUGAAUUCAAUCAUUAUCCAAAAUGUACCCCGUUGGCCAACCUCCAGCGGGGGAGACUAGUUCUGGAGCGGUGGGUGUAGCUGGCGCAGCUAUUACCACGCCUGGUACUCCUGGGGUUCCAGUAGUUACUUCUGGAACUGGGUCGACCACUGGAUCGUCACCUUCUGGUGUUCCGAGUGCCACUGGAGUUAUAUCAUUGGUUUCGCCAGUUGCAGCUCCACCUCCCGAUCUACCAGUGCUCACAUGCCCGCGCCGCCCUAACCUGGGUCAUGAAGGAAGACCAAUUAUGUUGCGUGCUAACCAUUUUCAAAUAUCAAUGCCAAGAGGAUAUGUUCAUCACUAUGAUGUUAAUAUACAACCAGAUAAAUGCCCCAGAAAGGUUAAUAGAGAAAUUGUAGAUACUAUGGUACAUUCUUAUAAUAAAAUAUUUGGCACAUUGAAACCUGUUUUUGAUGGAAGAAACAAUCUUUAUACUAGAGAUCCCUUACCUAUUGGUAAUGAUAGAGUUGAAUUAGAAGUCAUCUUACCAGGUGAAGGUAAAGAUAGAAUUUUUAGAGUGACAAUAAAAUGGGUUGCCCAAGUAUCACUAUUUGCAUUGGAGGAAGCUUUGGAAGGCAGAACAAGGCAGAUACCUUACGAUGCAAUUCUUGCUUUAGAUGUAGUAAUGAGACAUUUGCCUUCUAUGAUGUACACUCCAGUAGGACGAUCAUUUUUCUCAUCGCCUGAGGGGUACUAUCAUCCUCUUGGUGGAGGGCGCGAAGUGUGGUUUGGUUUCCAUCAAUCUGUACGGCCUAGUCAGUGGAAAAUGAUGUUGAAUAUUGAUGUUUCUGCAACUGCAUUUUACAAAGCUCAACCAGUUAUAGAGUUUAUGUGUGAGGUAUUAGAUAUAAGAGAUAUUAAUGACCAAAGAAAACCACUGACAGAUUCUCAAAGAGUGAAGUUUACAAAAGAAAUUAAAGGAUUAAAAAUAGAAAUCACACAUUGUGGUACGAUGAAGAGGAAAUAUAGAGUUUGUAAUGUCACCAGAAGGCCUGCUCAAAUGCAGUCGUUUCCGUUACAAUUGGAGAAUGGACAAACAGUUGAGUGCACUGUAGCUAAAUACUUCUUAGACAAGUAUAAAAUGAAACUCCGAUACCCUCACUUGCCAUGUUUACAAGUUGGUCAGGAACAUAAACACACAUAUCUACCGUUAGAAGUAUGCAAUAUUGUGCCCGGCCAGAGGUGCAUCAAAAAAUUAACAGACAUGCAAACAUCAACGAUGAUUAAAGCUACUGCUAGAUCUGCACCAGACAGAGAACGUGAAAUAAAUAACCUUGUACGUCGUGCGAACUUCAACACGGAUCUGUAUGUGAAGGAGUUUGGACUAACAAUAUCGAACAGCAUGAUGGAGGUCCGGGGCCGCGUGUUGCCACCACCGAAGCUGCAGUAUGGAGGACGAGUUUCAUCACUGGGUGGACAGCAAGCUCUACCAAAUCAAGGUGUUUGGGAUAUGAGAGGGAAACAAUUCUUCAUGGGCGUUGAAAUACGCGUUUGGGCCAUUGCAUGUUUUGCUCCACAACGAACUGUACGGGAAGAUGCUCUAAAGAACUUUACGCAGCAACUUCAGAAGAUAUCAAACGACGCUGGUAUGCCCAUAAUAGGUCAGCCAUGUUUCUGUAAAUAUGCCACGGGCCCUGACCAGGUUGAGCCAAUGUUUAAGUACCUGAAGUCAACGUUUGUGCAGUUGCAACUGGUUGUGGUUGUAUUACCUGGAAAGACACCAGUUUAUGCUGAAGUAAAGCGAGUCGGAGAUACAGUACUGGGAAUGGCGACCCAGUGUGUUCAAGCGAAAAAUGUAAACAAAACUUCACCACAGACGCUGAGCAAUCUAUGCCUCAAGAUCAAUGUCAAACUAGGUGGUAUCAACUCUAUCCUUGUGCCGUCCUUGCGUCCCAAGGUAUUUAACGAGCCUGUGAUUUUCCUCGGUGUGGACGUAACGCACCCACCGGCCGGUGACAACAAGAAGCCGUCGAUAGCAGCUGUUGUGGGCUCUAUGGAUGCCCACCCCUCGAGAUAUGCAGCCACUGUUCGAGUGCAGCAACACAGUGGUUCGUUUGACAGACAAGAAAUUGUCCACGAGCUGAGCAGCAUGGUGCAGGAGCUGUUGAUAAUGUUCUACAAGAGUACCGGUGGCUUCAAGCCUCACCGUAUCAUCAUGUACCGGGAUGGCAUCUCAGAAGGACAGUUCAUACAUGUGCUGCAGCACGAGUUGACAGCGGUCAGGGAAGCUUGCAUCAAGUUGGAGGCUGAAUACAAGCCAGGCAUCACGUUCAUAGUGGUGCAGAAGCGGCAUCACACGCGGCUGUUCUGUGCUGACAAGAAGGAACAGUCGGGCAAAUCAGGCAAUAUCCCCGCUGGUACCACUGUCGACCUUGGCAUCACACACCCCACUGAAUUCGACUUCUAUUUGUGUAGUCACCAAGGCAUUCAGGGAACGUCCCGACCGUCGCACUACCACGUGCUGUGGGACGACAACCACUUCGGUUCCGAUGAGUUGCAGUGCCUCACGUACCAGCUGUGUCACACGUACGUACGUUGUACUCGCUCCGUGUCCAUUCCCGCGCCCGCCUACUACGCGCACCUCGUGGCCUUCCGGGCGCGCUACCACCUGGUGGAGAAGGAGCACGACUCGGGCGAGGGCAGCCACCAGUCGGCCUGCAGCGAGGACCGCACUCCUGGAGCCAUGGCGCGGGCCAUCACCGUGCACGCCGUCACCAAGAAGGUCAUGUACUUCGCUUGAUGUGUGUGUCACGGGACCGGAGCCAAGCCACGAAGAUCACGUUUUGAGGAGUUCGUGUUCAAACUUUAUAUUCGAGGAUUGUGAAUUGGCCUACUGAGUCAUGAUGUCAUUUAAGAAGUGACAGUGGGGCUGCCAUUUUUUGUCGGGUAAUAUGAAUCACGUGACCAAAUUUGUGUUCUUAACUCAAUUUCGGUGUAAUUGUGGUUUGCUAAGUUUUUCUGGUAUUACGUCCAAUUACACUGUAGUGCUACCUACUUCAUGUCGGUAUCACAUGACACCAAACACUGCAUUAUUUAUAGUAUGGGCUAAGAGGAAAGUUCCCACAUUGGAACUUCGAGCAAUUUCGGUUGUGAUCGUGGCGCGUACUAUAGAUUUCGCGUGACAACUUUACACUACAGUUGGCCGUGGUCAUAUUCGUCUUGAUGUAGAUGGCAUUUGGAAUCAUUAAACUUAAGUAUUUGGAGAGAUCGCGUGACAUUCCUCUUGAUUGGUCUCGAGUAGUUAUUAGAUGUCACGUGAUAUUAUUAUGCUGCACUCGAUUGUAGUAGUUUCCAUCGUUAAUUUAUAGCAACCAAUAAGCGCAGUAAAAAAAUAACUCGUGUUUUUAAUUGGUACUAUCGAUAUCUAUAUCAACAAUAAUAUAAUAAAAAAAAAUUGAAUUAGGCGUUACUUUGCGGAAAUCCACAAUUAUACAAAUGAUUUAAGUUUUCUUUAGUGUUAAUUCCGCCAAUAUUUGUCUCGCGAGUCUCGUGCCAGAUUUAAGCGAGACAAUACGUCCUGAGGAUGCCUCGUGUAGAGGCGAAACACGUGUCGAAUUGUUUCGAAAACAAAUAUUGGUGGAAUUAACACUAAAGAAUACUUAAAUCAUUUGUAUAAAAAUAUAAUAUACAAGUUUUUCUGUAGCGAAUCUGGAAGCACGUUAGUUAUAGGACAGGUAAUAGUAAACACUGUUAAAUUACUUAAACGUUCAAUGUAUCACCUUAUAAUACUCUGUUUCAGUAGCAGUGCUUGACGUUUAUAUCCUGAGGGAAAAAAAUUGUAGAAACUCCUUUAUUCACUCUAAGAGGUCUAUUUAUUAUAUCACAUUUUGUCAAAUUUGACGUCUUAAUCGUACGUAAGACGUAAAAAAAUACGUGAAUUAUUUAAACCAUGCGACCUAUAUAGCCGACCUUAUGCUUACUCCAGAUACAAGACUAUUUCUUGGAUCUGCAAUCUCGCAACAAUAGUAAUAUUUUAUAUAACAACUAGCUGACCCGGCAGACGUUGUUCUGUAGAUAAUAAAAAAAAUACUGUUAUAUAUAAGAAUUUGCCAAUAAUAUUUGAAAACAUCAAGAAUUAUUUCGUAAAAAUGCUCCCUGUUGUUAUAAUGUAAUUUUUUCACAGCGAACUGUCAAACCGUGCAUCACUAAAUUCUCUCAUAGAAAAUAUAUCCAUACAAAACAAAUAUUAUUAUGUGUACCAAAUCGAAAUUAAAACUAUCCUAUCUCUCAAUUUGGACCAAACUGAACUAAACCCAUUAAAAUCCGUUCAUUAGUUUAGGAGUCCAUCGCGGACAAACAAUGUGUCACCUAAUUUAUAUAUAUUAAGAUUAAGAUGAAUAGAUUGUAGAUUCCAAGGAAUCUUUGAUAAACACCCAUAAAUCUAUUUCUAUGAAUUACAUAAUAGUAUUUUAGCCAAUUGUUAUAAUAUAACAAAUAUACUGCAGUGUAAUAAUUCUGAAACGAAGUCUCAAUAAUAAAACACGAUUGACCUUCUAAAGGUUUUGAUUCACCAAUCAAAACUCUGCCUUGUCUAUGCCUACAAAGAGUAUAUUAUAGUAGCUGUCACGUGAUGUAGCAAGAUUUGUUUAUUAGUUCAUUUAGUUAAUUUUCUUCUUAGUUGCUAGCUAUCUUGAACACUACCUGUUUAUCUCUUAAAGCUAAAUAAAUGGUAGCUUUCAUUUAUGUGGUUGCUUUAAUUUAGGAUAGCGAAACGUAUUUGUAACAGCAAUAUAAUAUUAUACAGCGUGUUGCUACAAUCGCCACAUUAAAUAAAACACGGGUAGAGCUAAUUGACCGAAAUCAUAAAAAAUAAUUCUAAAUGUGUGCUGGGACAUAAAGUAGAAGGGAGAAAAAUGUUUAACAAAAAGUAUUAAAAAAAAAAACAAUAAAAUGUUGAUUGAAAAAUAUUCAGUAAAAUGUUGUUAAAAAAUUAUAUAAUAUUAAAAUAAUCUAUUUAAGAAAUUAUCUAGACGCGUUGGCGGUCUGCUAUAUGUAUACACUAUAGCUGCGUCUCGUAACGGUGUCGCGAGUCUAGAGAUUUUAUCCCAUGUAAAAUUAUGCGUACCGCGCUGUAAGAAAUUUUCACUUCAAAAAUUUAAAAAUAGACAUACGUAAUUCACCUAAAUAAAUCAGUUGUCCUUAAUAUCAUUUCGGAGCAACCUGUAAGUAGGUACUCUAGUAGCCGCGCGCUAACGUACUAACUAACAUCUACUGCGUCUCUAGUCGUGCGUUCACUGAGGAUGAUAAAAAAUUGGUUUCCUGAAAAUAUAUAAUUUGUUUCAGAAUUUUAAAAUAAUCACUUUAAUUUUUACAUUUUUUUUUAUGAUUAAGAUUAAAUACCCCUACACGUGUUUUCAGUUAUGUCAUGUUAUGUCGUCAUUGCAACUCCACGCUGUAUAAUAAUAUUUUAAAUAUUACAAACGAAGUAUUAAAACACAAGUAGUCUGUUGGUCGAGUCGAGAAAACUUCAUCGCGCUGUGUUAGUAACAUGAUUCGCUUUGUUCUCUCUGUCAAUAUGACCGCUUGUAAUAACUGUGGUAUACUUAAUAUCGACUUUUUGAUAGGUACUAUAUUAUAUUAUGGCUGGAUUUAGUACUCGGCCGACGGUGAGCGAUGACGUCGGUCAAGCGUAGCUAUAACUAUAAAAACAUAUGAACGCGUACAUUCCAGCGCUGAUGAAUUGCUACGCGCGUACAGCUACGUCGCGCCGACGAGAAUCGUCGGUAGAGCUCGUCGGUCCGAUGCCGCGCUACGGCGAUAUAUAAGUGGGUUCAGUGCGACGCCGACCGAACAACUUACCAAACAGGUUGUAAAUACUGCGUAAUAAGAGGUUGGACUGCCUAAGUAAAAGUUGAAAAAGUGCAGUAAUUUGACAUAACUUUUGAAUAGUAGUAAUUUCAGUAUCGCGAUUGGCGACGAAGUGUAAUCCGGCUAAAUUUGAAAGCGAACAGUUGCUUUAUGUUUCAGCUUUUUAAAAGAUUAUAGCCGUCAUCUGUCAAUCUAUCAAUGACAGCAUUUAUAUACAGCCGAGUGAAUCGCUUUUUUCUUAGAGAGUUUCGCUAGGCUGCAACCGACCAUACGCGCGUGCGGUCAACUGUACACGUCGAAUUAAGUUUGCUGUCAGCUGAGUGCUAAAAGAUCAUGCUCGAUUCACGUUGGUCGAGCACUAAAUCCAGCCAAAGCGAUAUUGGCAAAUAGUUAGAGAUAUCAUGGAUUAAUUAUUGAUGAAGGAUUAUCGACGCUCCUAUACAUCUCUUGAAAAGCCGAUGCUUUGUUGUUAAAAAUGUUUAUUUUAUAUUAUUAUAACUUAUUUAUUGAAAUUAUUUUGUUAUUUUUUCGAGUUGACACCCUCGUCGCCCAUUAAGCAACAAAGUUGUACUUUAUUCUUUGUCUUUUGAAUGUAGUCGUGUAAUAGAUUUUAUCUACAUCCAUGCUUUAAAUCCUCUAUUAAAGAUUCUAAAACAGUUAGUUAUUGCCAACAUUAAAACACCCAAUGUCCCAAUAAGCAUUACAUCAUCCAAACGAGUGUUGUAAUGUUGUAAUGAAUUUCAUUACAACACUCGUUUGGAUGAUGUAAUGGUUACUAGGACUGGCUUUUUUAAUGUUAGCAGUAGGCUAACUGUUUCAGAUUCAUUUAUAGAGGAUUCAUAUUAUGGGUGUAGAUAAAGUCUUGUAUGCAACUGUUGAUUAUUAGGUAUUAAAACACUCAUGAAAAAAAAACCCACAGUUGUGUUUUAAUACCCCUUAUUACACAACAGUUGCAUAAAUAACAAUAACGCCUUUUGUGUAUCUAUUCGACGGGCAGACUAAAUUAGCUUGCAUUAUUUUCAUAAUAUCGAGAGUGUCGUAAAAACUCCUUUCCAUUAUAUAAGUUGAAUAACGUUUCUCAAUUUGCUUGUAAUUGGAUAUAGAUAGGUUUAAGCAUAGAUUGUACGCAUUGAACUUGUAAUUUGUGUAACAAAUGAUUAUACAAUAUAUCGGAUUAACGAUAAUAACUGUAGCAGUAUUACCGAUCACAACUAUUGUGAAUGGUAUAGAUUAUUGUUGAACAUCUCUUUUAUUAAUUAAGAAUAUUUAGAAGGUACAUUUAUCGAUAUGUUAAAGUUGACACAAUGUUUAUGUAAGUAUCGGCCCUGGCAUGGAUUAUAAGCGAACUUUUUGGCGCGCAUGCAGUAUUAAAGCAAGGUACUGUACAAUUCCCGCAAUUUGGAGAUGGACAGGCCAAACAUAAAUCUCCAUUCAAAAACACCGUUCGCAUAUUGACGACUGUGUGCUGAUGUUAGUUAAUGGUUUUAUUUGAUGUGUUUGCCUGUACCUAAAGUAAGCAAUAUGGCGGCCUGUUCCCUCUCCAACGCGCGGGUCGGGUGGUGGCAGAAGAUCCAUGUCGGUUUUAUCCAGCUUUGAAAAUAUUAUAAUCCGGAUAGUUUUAAUAGGAAAAUACUUUUAUUAACUUUUGAAAACUUGUUUAUGAAUUAUUCUUGUCUUAAAUGUAAAACUAAAACCGUGAUAUUAUGGCAAACAUGGCAUGUAACUUAAGAGCUAAAACAAGGUCGAAUAAUCGUAUAAAAUAGACGUAUGAUUUAGUAUAUUUAGGAUUUUAAGACGCUUUAUUUUCGACAACUCUGCUAAUUUGACUUUAGUAAUGAAAUGCGGAUGUAUAUCACAUACUCUCCCGCGCAAAAUAUUUGACAGUGACAACAACGCACUGGCAAAUAACAAGAAUUAUGGCUAUAUAAUAAAAGAAGUAUGGCUGUAAUAUAACAACAAUUACUAAUUAAUUUAAUUUAUUUGUCGUAUUUAUAGUUCGCGAGGUAUAUUUUAUACAAAGCAACAUGUAUGGAGCCUUCACAUGUUGCAUCCACUCGCUGGUAACAGAGGAAUCAAAUUAUAGUUAAUCAUUGAUGUGGAAAAUUCUAACAUUCAGUUAGAGCCUUGUUUUGAAUCACCUCAAUUAAAUCAUUAGUGAAUAGUGAUUAAAUAUAUAUUUUGUAAUUGUAUUUUGCACAAGAUGCAACACUGAACAUAAAAUUCAAAUAGAUAAUAUUGUUAGAAGCAUUUCAAUGUUAUUUCUGUCAGUUUUAAGGGCUCUUGUAUCAGUCAAUGUAGGUUUUCUAUUGUCGCCGAGGAUUAGUUUUAUUAAGAAUUAGCUUAUAAUGUUAAUUAACAUUAGUGUUAGAAAUAAGUCCAUAUGCAAUAUUAAUCUUAUUUCGAGACCGAUAUCCCCCUCCGUACCAAAAGUAAGGUUCUUUGCCGCCUUUUAGUCGUAAGUAAUAUAUUUUAUUUUAGCUAUUGCGUUAUAAAAUUUUAUUGAUUGAUAUGAAAUAUCGUACAUACCUAUGUUAAAUGUCCGAUUGAGCUAAGGUUCUGUAACCGUUCAUUCAGCUAACUUCUGGCCCAGGAGUAGCCUACGAGGGAUAUAAUAAAUUAUGUAUUAUGAAUUCUUAAUAUUAUGUUGUUCGCUUAUUUUUAAUGUCGCUAUCGGGAUGUUUUCUCGUGUAGAUCGUAUGUGCAUUAGCUAGAUAAUAAUGUUGAAACGUACACUUUGUUGUAUAAAAUUGUGUAAGGGUUCGAUAGUUUUAAUUGACAUAGAUUCCAAAUUUGUUCGUGCAGGGUAUCUCUAUGGAAGAGUAUAGACUAGAGUCUAUAUAGUCCACUGACCUCUACUAUUUACUACUGGACUGGUGGCUGUCAAAGUGCUUUUGUGCCUGUUUGAUAUUCGCCAUUUUGGCGCUGUUGGCCAUGUAGCGAGAGUCUACGGUACUAAAACUAGUGAUGACAACCUCAGCAAACAUCGAAAGAUGGUGAGAAACUACUUAAAAAAAAAUAUGUACUUUAUUAUUUUGAUUCUAGAAGUAUAUAAAUAACCCAGAAAACGAACGAAAUUAAUUCAAAAUGCAAAAAUACUUCAGAGUAUUGUACGUUCCUUCGCAGCCAUUUGUAUUGUACGUCAAAAUUAGUUCACUGGACGCUCGCGAGUGGCGUUUCAAACAGGAACAAAAAAUUUCAUUUUUUUUUUCAAUCAUCAAACGUAUGGAACAGCCUGUCCAGUGGUAUUUAUACAGGUCCGUGAUAUAGUCUAAACUAAGCCGGGUUGUAGUGUACUGUUCUGUAUAUUGCCCAGUACCGGUUCCCAGAAAGUUCUGUACUAUCGUAUAAUGUAGAAAUCUAUUCAGCAAAGCUUCUAUGAAAUUUUUAUUUGUUUUAAAAUAUAUUUGUGUCUGCUAUUGUGUUCGUGAUUGAGUAAUGUAUUUUUUGUGCCUUUAAUGAAAUUCUCAAUGUGUUUUAGGCUGAAAGUUUAGUUUUAAGUUUUUAACGUUACAUAUCAGUACUAACUCCAAAUGACUUGCACCGGGUUUUUAAUAGUAUAACGGCUAUUUUAUUUCAUUAUGUUAAGACGAAGAUUUUUUUAAACACAAAUGUAAUUAAGUGUAAUUAAACCUUUAAUAAUCGGAGUGGUUGAAAACAUACGAAUAGAGAUGCCACGAAAAUCCAGCUAUAAUGCCGAUUACGGCAACCUUAUAACAAUAUCCAAAACUGAUAGAAAUCGCAAUAAUUGCGCGAGUUGAAUGCAGUCGGCGCCUGGGGCAAUAAGCAGAAACAUCCCCCCCGCCUUGACUCACGCGCCUGCAGUGUAGUGCUGUGCCGUAGUCGUCGCUUACCGUGCUAUCGAGUUAAUACUAAAGUUACGAUCGCGUGUUAUUUUUAUGAUUUUAAUAAUGACUUUUCCGAGUCCAUCAGAUUCCGUUCCAAAAGGAAUCUUAUUUAUCGCCAAGCACGAGAAAUGGCGAUAAAUGUUUAAGAAAGGCAGAACAAAAAUUUGAGAUUUAAUUAUUAGGUUAAAAAGGUAUAAAAAUUAAUAAAAUAUUUUUUUCAUCUUUUUAACCUAGUAAACUUGAAGCGUUGUUUAAAUUUAUCGACACACUCAUGAUUAUGGUCAUCAAUUAGAUCACAUCACUAUCGCAUUCCAGAACUCUGCAUUCAACUCGUGCGAUAUCUGUAUAUUAAAUAUCAUUGCCUGGUUGCACUGCAGCGUAGUGUGAAGCUAUUUCAAGAAGCGGGUAUACUUUAUGAAAGCAUUAUUGGCUGCUAUCAGCUAUUUCUGAAAAAAGUUAAAUUCACUCGUCACUCCUUAACUCUGAUAAAAUUUAAGUAUUAAUUAAUCUGUUUGAGUAAUGCGUUUGUUUUCUUAGUGAUUUAAUAUUUAAACAAUUCAUUAUUUCAAAUUAAGAGUAACACGUACCAAGGUUUUUGAUCCAUGCGUUAAUCGAACGCGAAUCUCAGACGGAGCCCGAGAGGUGCGGCUUCGAGUCCCGCAUCGUUAUUCCGCAUCUGAAUACUUAUUAGUGACUGAUAUUCGUGGCAUUUCUGCAAAUAAUCCUUUUGUAUUUUUCCUUAAUCCCUCCGGAUUACUAAAUCCAAUGAAAAUAUAUUUUUUUCUCUUAAGUUGUACACACAAAGUCAACAUUAAAUUUAAGCUUAUAUUAGUGACAGAUAUUCAAUGAUACGGAGUAAGAUAUAGACGAUAAGCUGUUAUUAACAAGACCCUCUAUUAUUACUAUCCAAACAAAUAACUUCACUAGGGAAGGUAUUUAGAUGAUUAUAUCACGUAAGUAAUAAUAAUAAUAAGUUUAUUUUGUUUAUCUCUUCAGGCAUUGGUCAAGAUAGAAUGGUAAAAUGCUGUUUCCAUUUUAAAUCAAAUACUGUAAUACCUCGACUUACACGAUAUUCAAUCGAUAACUAGCGAUUGUCGCGUAAACUUUUUAUGAUUAUCUCUCAGGGGUCGGUCCCUCAUGUCUGAGGAUCCUGGUCGUCAUUUGGGUUAUCUGGAGUGGAUGAUCUGCCUCCACCGGAAACUGUCCGGCGCGUGUCUUACAACCGUUGAGAAUUUGGAUGAUGGUGAUGAGAGCGACAAUACUUAUUUUUACCAAAUUUUCCAAAAUUCAAAGUAUUUAAUAAUAAUUGAGCAGAUAACUUUGAUAAUAGAGGGUAAAAGACCAAGCGGUCUAGUCCUAAACGAUGGUCGGAUUAAAUUUCAUAAAAAUCUUAAAGCGAAACCGACCUAGUUGGCCAAUUGAAUUUGAAUUCAUAAGAGAGAGAGAGAGAGAUCAUGCAUCUAGGAACGUCUAAGAAUAGAAGAUAAUAAUAAUAACAAACUUUAUUUUACUAAAACAGUGCCUUCAGUAGUUUAUAGAGAGUCAGGUCAGCUUGCGAUCGCGAACGACUCUCGUAAGUUGCAGGAGUUGCGAGUUAACUAACAGUCAGUCAGUCACCACUAACUGCGUGUUCGCACGUAAAAUAAAUUGAUUAAAAAAUUAAACAGAGGGCAACAGUUAGAUAUUAUGGAGACUUUUACAUCAAAAUAAACUGUUUUGCAAUUUCUUUAUGUGUAUUUAUUAUCCAAUAAUAAAUAUUAUGUUAACUAUUUAAAGUCUUUGCUCGCUCGAUUAUCGCGUAAGUUCCAGGUAUUACUGUACAUAAAAUGUCAGUGUCAAACUUAUAAUAUUAUUAUGUUCUGUAGUCGCUCUAAAUGUAAAUUAUACAUAAGGGACGAUAAGAUUAAAAUAAUCAAAAUUGUUUACGAGAUUCUUUUGAGUAAAUUGUCUGAUUUUGUAUUUGAUUUGUUCAUGGUCGUCAAAUUGAAAUCGCACACGUUAGUCGAAAAUAUUUUUGUAAAAAGGGCUCGUAGCAGACGUAUUUAAAAUAUAAGAGAAGGACCAAAUAUAGGGGGUUAAUUACACAUUUUGUCAAUAGACCGUAAUCAAUAGGUACAGUAAGUUUUAGUUCAUAUUUCAUUUAUCUAAAUAUAGAGACGUACCUACCUAAAAAUUGUUUGUUUCUUAGAAAAUUUAUACGUCUUGAUAGAGCAACGUGACAAGCUACGUCUUACACUUGCGAUUUGUAUGUCACUUUGUGUAAGUGUGCGUGCAUUGCUCAAAAUAUAGGUUAACUGUCAACCUCAAUUUUUUUGACGUAUUCACAAUCAAUCUCAUAAUCUAUCUAGACGUAUAAAUGAUCUAAGGUGAUAGGAUAAUCGAACAAUAAAUAUAAAAAUCAAACAAAAAUAAGUUUAAAGAAAAAAAGCAGAUUCCAAAAAAAUAUUCAGUUUGUAAUAAAAGUAUUCAAGAUAUUCAACAAAAUAAAUGUAUAUAAUACUGCAAUCGACCAUGUUGAUUGAUCCAUGAAUGACGUCACGGCUCAAUAACCAUCAAAGUUUUGUUUGUUUUAUUCGUAGUUAUUACGAUAAAACAAUGUCUCAGGCUUAGCCUUACAAUAUACCAGCGUAUAUACGAACAAAGCGUGCAAAGGAGAAAAGAUCUCAAACCGAGAUACAGCAAGGCAUACCUAUAUUUUCUCAAAAUUGAUUGCUUUAGAAUUCCUUUUGAUGUCAUUUCUAAUAUACUAGAUACUACUACCGCUUCGGAUACAAAUGGUGCCCUGAGAGAGAAGAAGCGGUGGUUUCUGCGGUCUUUUUAAUCAAACAUACAAUAUUGUACUGGUAUUGCUGCUAACCGAUUUUUUAAUUUUUAUAUUAUGAAAUCAUUCGUUAACGCACACAUUCAGAAAUCAAAGCUGGUCACACAUUAUGGGGCUGUCCGGUUGUAUAUACGCUAGUAUAGUCCAAGUCUGGCCUAAGAAGUGACGUCAUAUGGGUCGCCAUGACACUUGAUGAUUAAUAAAAAUGCAACAGCUUCUAUUUUAUUGGUAAAAUAAAGUAUUUUUUCCGAAGAUAGUCCUAUCCAAAAUCUGUUAUAAUGCCUAUUUUUAUGGAUUUAGUUUAAUUACAUGGUAUUAACUCGCUUGAAAUCGCAAAUUCAAAGCGAUUUGUUAUUUGACCCUCGUCCUUUUUGUUAAAUUAUCAAUUGUUAUUUAAUACCUUACCAAAACUACUUCUGUAGAUUUAACUAAAUUAUAUUGAUAUAAUUGUGACUAAUUAUUAAUAAAUUUAUAUUAUUUUAACAAUGGGCUUGAACUAGUUUUGUAAUAAUAUUUUAUUCUUAUUGGGGAUUUUGAUGAUACAUUCUUAAUUCAGAAUACAGAACAAACGAGAUACCGUCAACGCUCUCAGUAGUGAGGCGGUGGUGCAUCAACUCUGCCAGAACGUUGUUGUUCAUUAAAUUAUCAAUAACAGUCCGACAACUUGAUGCACGACCGUCCCACGGGUUGACAGACGGUAGGGGGGACAGGGUAAUAUAAUAAUAGUAGUCUCACGUGUUGCCCUUCCCCGCAACACCACCCCGUACCGCCACCCUCUUGUCACCCCGUGGGACGGUCGCGCACCAAGUUGUCGGACUAUAGCAAUGGCCGAGCCGCGUACUGUGUACAACGAGUUGCAGUUGUGUUUUUAAAUAAUUACACCUAUGUGUGUGGUUCCCCACUUGCAAAAUGCAAGUCGUGGGAAAAAAAAAGCGGUAAUGUAUGGAACGUUGGUUGCCACAAUGAGCUGCGUAGAAGUGUGAUUGAACACUCCGUUUGUUCUGUAUUCUGAAACUCUUAGUACCAAAUUACCUAUACAACCUUUAUUGAAUAUCAACCACUUUUCGAUUAUUUUUAUAUGAUACCUGUUUAUAUGUUCAUAUGGAUAAGUAUAGUGGUAAUUCUAGGCCCAGACAUGUCUAAUGUAUUAGAUUGAAUAAAAUCAGGUUCUCAUAAGUUGUA